UGAUAAUGGCUUGACAUAGUCCUGAUACUUUUCUGAAUCAAACUCACAUUCCAUGACACAUAUUAACCAAAGUUCUCUGUUCAAAUUAUAAAGUUAUUAAAAUAUUUGUGAAACCAUAAAACAAUAAAAUGUACAAAAUACAAUUAGUAAUAACACUGAAGAUAUAUAUGCAAACCUUCCAAGAGCAGAGCAGGAUUUUCAAAGCAAACUGAUUCCAAAGUAAAAUGUGUUAGAGAAGAGGCAAAUCUUUCCAGGCACCAAUACAAGCAGCAAAUGGGCUUCCCUGCACUCCGUUCCUAAAAAGGGACUCUCUCCUCACCUGGAGGAGAGUAGCUAACAGUAAUGGAAGAACCCAAGCAGAUACAUAAAGAAAAAGCUCUGGUCCCAAAUUGUUCCAGUCUUCAAAAACCAGCUCAAACUGGGCCAGGAAUUAGGCCAAGAAACGAAUGGGCACCCAAGAAGAAUCUUGACAUGACACAGUUCCAAGCGAUAGCUAUGUGAAUAGAAUAGAGCUGGAAGGGACCUUGGAGGUCUUCUAGUCCAGCCCCCUGCUCAAGCAGGAGAACCUAUACAAGCUAUAGCCUCCAGCUCUGUUCCAGGCUAACUGAAGUGGGUGAACUGUUGUCAGGGGGAGUCACACCCUGCAGCAUUUCGACUGAGAGAUUCUCUGAUCUCUGCCAAGAAAGCUCUAGGUCAGACAUGUCAAACUCUUGACGUCAUGUGACAUUGUGCAAUGUAUCGGGAUGGUUUUGCCAUUGCCGGCAAUGGGGUGGGCACGGCUUCUGGAUGACGCAUCCGGCCCGUGGGCCGGCAGUUUGACACCCCUGCUCUAGGUAGAAGAUAAUAGAAGUUUUCCUCACCAUCAAGACCACCUGAGACAGGCUGAACACUAUUCAGAUGAAUAUUUGGGCCUUCUACCAACUAUUUCUGUCUUGUGUGGACUUUGUUUCAAUUUUCCCAGUAUCACCCAAUUAAUUACUGGGCUCAGGCACUAGCUCAAGACAUAAACUCCCUUCUUGUGAUCCUGUAAUCCCUUUAUUCAGGGUAGAGUCAAGGUGACUGGAUGGAGAGGAGAAGCUGGAUACAGUGAAGACAGUUCAGCCAUAAUCCCUGUAAGGUCUCCCACAACCUGUUGAAUCUCUGCCUGAAAAAUUUCAUGCCAUGGAGAGAUAACUGUUAAUUGCUCAGCAUCAUCUUCUGGAAACAACCAGUAAAAUAAGAGGAAAAUUAACUCCUUCCCUAAUUCCAAUGAUCUGGAGAAACUCCAUAAUUAAACUCAUCCAAGGCACUAAGCGUUAAUAGAAUAAAAGAGGAGCAGAUUGCCCAUGCAAGACCCUCUAUGGUUUUGGAUAAACAGCUGUCCAAUCUCUUCCUAAGAGCCUCCAGUGUUAGAGUACUCCCCAGUUCUGAAAUUGUUCCAAAAGAAUAAGCAAGGGGUCCUGUAGAAUCAACAAAGACAUGUAUUGUGGGAGCUGCUAACCAAGAUUCUGAUUCCUCAACUCUUGUAGUUGUUUAAAUUCUUUCUCACCUAACCCUAACCUUUGAUCAAGGAUCACCACUUGUCACCUUCCUGACAUUCAUAGUGUUUUGCUUUAAUUUUCUUUCACCAGGCCUGUCAGAUUGGCUGGAUGUUGUCAUCCCCAACUGCAGAGGAAGGUGCUGAAGGUAACCCUGUUACAGUCGGAAUGAGCAUCCACAUUUCGAGCAUUGAUCAGAUUUCUGAAGUGAAUAUGGACUACACCAUCACCAUGUAUUUCCAGCAAAGUUGGAGAGAUAAGCGUCUAGCCUACAGUGAUCUAGCCCUAAACCUCACCCUGGAUAAUCGGGUGGCUGACCAACUGUGGCUCCCUGACACCUAUUUCCUAAAUGACAAGAAGUCAUUCCUGCAUGGGGUAACAGUCAAGAAUCGGAUGAUCCGGCUUCACCCAGAUGGGACUGUUCUUUACGGCUUGAGAAUCACUACCACGGCUGCUUGCAUGAUGGACUUAAGGAGAUACCCCCUUGACCAGCAAAAUUGCACUUUGGAAAUUGAGAGCUAUGGCUACACCGUUGAUGACAUCGUGUUCUUUUGGCAAGGAAAUAAUUCAGCUGUGACAGGGAUGGAGGUCCUCGAGCUGCCCCAGUUCACCAUCAUUGAGCAAAGGCUUGUCACCAGAGAAGUGAUCUUUACCACAGGUUCCUAUCUUCGCUUGUCGCUCAGCUUCCGAAUCAAACGAAACAUCGGUUACUUCAUCCUGCAAACAUACAUGCCUUCCAUUCUCAUCACAAUUCUUUCCUGGGUCUCUUUCUGGAUCAAUUAUGAUGCCUCUGCAGCCAGGGUUGCCCUAGGGGUCACCACAGUCCUCACCAUGACGACCAUCAACACGCACCUUCGGGAAACUCUGCCCAAAAUCCCCUACGUCAAAGCCAUCGACGUCUAUCUCAUGGGCUGCUUUGUUUUUGUGUUCCUGGCGCUCUUGGAAUAUGCCUUCGUUAACUACAUUUUCUUUGGCCGGGGCCCCCGGCAGCAGAAGAAACAGAGCGAGCGUCUCAACAAGACAACUAAUGAGGAGAAGCACCGAUAUGAGGAGAAGCGGGUGAGAGAGCAGGUGGACCCUUAUGGCAACAUUCUUCUCAGCUCUUUGGAAAUGAACAAUGAAUUAUUAGCUUCUGACAUGAUGACCACAGCAGGAGAAUCACGAAACUCUCUCAUGUCCUUUGAAGGAUCAGGAAUCCAGUUCCGCAAGCAGCUGGCCCCUCGAGAUGGUUUUGGACACCACCCACCAGUUGAACGCCACAUCCCGCUGACCCAUCAUGCUGCAGCCCAUACUCGUGCCAACUGCCGACUCCGCCGAAGAUCGUCCAAGCUGAAGCUCAAAAUUCCUGACCUGGCAGAUGUCAGCACCAUUGACAAAUGGUCAAGAAUCAUUUUCCCCAUCACUUUUGGAUUCUUCAACCUGGUUUAUUGGUUGUACUAUGUAAAUUGAUGCCUGCAGACCAGAGAAAGAAUAGGGGAAGACACUCAAACUAUGACAACAACACAGGAGUGUGGCGAUCUUUGGGGUUUGGUUAUUCUCUUAAUUAUGACCAAUUUUUCACUCCAUCCCCAUGUUUGAUUUAAUUUCUGCAAAUCGUUAUUCCUCUUUUCAGCACAUGAUGCGCACACAGAGUUUGUGUGAUGGGCUAUGUGGAUUUGUUGAAGGAGGAGGGAAUGGUUUUCAGGGAUUUUCCUACCUUCCUUCCCUCCCUCCCCCUCUGUUAUGCUUGAAAUACUUCACCCCCAGGGGUGGGUAGGGGGGAGAUAGUCUCCAUCUCUUUUAAUUCAUUGUUGCAGCUAGUUUAGUUCUUACAGUAGUCUUGCAAAAGUUAGCUCUAGAGUGUGUCGGCAAAUGCCUGGCCAUCCGCUCCAUUGGCUCACAGAUUGUGCAGUUCCUCACCUGUGAGGUUAUUCUGAGAGUUUUUCUUUCUUCAUGGAUUCUUUUGAAAGAUGGAGCUACAUUCUCCUAUGGCAUGAGUUUCCUUUAUUUUGUCUCACCUUCUAUCUUAUAGGUGCAUAAGGGUUUGUUUAAAACAAUAGAACCCAUAUUUUGCAACUGUUUGGGCAGAAACGGGAAAUUGGGGGGGGGGCGGCAUCUGCUGUGAGUGUGUUGAGGACAAAGGAAUGUUUGUAAGCUGCAUUUACAACUUUUAGAAGUUUGGGAGUGUUUGCUUUCCUGGGGUGAAUGUAUACUUUCUGGGGUGAGGGAGGGAUUUGUAUUGUCCAUUGGUGAAAUAGGACUGAGAGUUGUCGGUAUGAAAAAGGUAGAAGACUCAUGCUGAAUUGACUUGCCAAUAAGCUGCUGCUGCUGCUCUGUUUCCUUCCUUCAAGUUGACUUUGCCCUGGUUGAGUGGGUCCCUUUUGGGCUGCCACAGCUUUACCUGCCACUGCCCUUAUUUCUUGAUGCCAGAAGCGGACCCGAAAGCAUCUCAAGUGGCAGUAAAAUUUAGAUGAAUCCUUUAUACACUUCUUUUUCUAAUCUCUUUUGAUUGGAUGUAAUAUGACCUCAGAGCAGAGUCCAUGAAGUUAUAGUUAUUUGCAAAUUCCAAUGAGCAAAAUUGUGGCCCAUUAUCUGUUGUUUAUUUAUUUAUUUAUUAUUUUAUUUUGUCUUCUAUUUUAUUUAUAGAAUAAUAGAAUAACAGAGUUGAAAGAGACCUUGUUGUCCAACCCUCUGCUCAGGCAGGAAACCCUAUGUCA